CCUUUUGUAACCGUAGUAUUUUUUCCCUACGAAAUGUAAAACUAGGAGAGAUUUGCGUUUGACCAUUUGCACACACACAAAACCCAAUCUUUGCAUCACCGGCCGCCACCGUGACACCACCACCCCAACCUCCUCCUCCUCCGCCACCACGAACAUGCCAAUAGAAAGAAAAUAGUACUUCCCAAUUUCCCAAUCCCCGGAGAAAGAAUGGCCAAAACACUAAUACAAUUUCCCCACCAAAGCAUGACAUGAUUCUAGCUGCUCAAGGGUGGCAUUUUGAUCACACACAAAAAAACCCCCCACAAUUUCCCUUAUCUCUCCAUUCUCCAAAUUUUUCCAAACCUAAUUGCAAUCUAUAGGUUUUGGGUGUUAUUUGUGAUUGAUUUGUGAGGGAGUCCGCUGUAGCCAUGGCGGACUUGGUGAAACAAAUCCUAGCCAAACCCAUACAAUUAGCCGACCAAGUCACCAAAGCAUCAGACGACGUGAAUUACAACAGAACGGAAUGCCUCGAGAUCAAAUCCAAGACAGAGAAACUCGCCGGCCUCCUCCGUCAGGCGGCACGUGCAAGCAACGACCUCUACGAGCGCCCCACGCGCCGCAUCAUCGAGGACACCGAACAAGUCCUCGACAAGGCAUUAAGCCUCGUGUUCAAGUGCCGCGCCAACGGCCUCCGGCGCGUGUUCACCAUCAUCCCCCAGGCCGCGUUCCGCAAAACCUCCCAGCAGCUGGAAAACUCCAUCGGCGACGUGUCGUGGCUCCUCCGCGUGUCCACCCCAGCCGACGAUCGCGACGACGAGUACCUGGGCCUCCCUCCUAUAGCCGCCAACGAGCCCAUCUUAUGCCUCAUUUGGGAACAAAUCGCGAUCCUCUGCUCCGGCUCGAUAGAGGAACGGACUGACGCAGCCGCGUCUCUCGUCUCAUUGGCUAGAGACAAUGAUAGAUACGGGAGGUUGAUCAUUGAGGAAGGCGGGGUGGCACCAUUGCUGAAGCUCGCGAAAGAAGGGAGAAUGGAAGGCCAAGAAAACGCGGCCCGAGCGAUCGGGCUGCUGGGGCGUGAUCCAGAGAGCGUUGAGCAGAUCGUGAACGCGGGGGUUUGUGGGGUGUUUGCCAAGAUCCUGAAAGAAGGUCACAUGACGGUUCAGGUGGUGGUGGCCUGGGCGAUAUCGGAGUUGGCUGCGAAUCACCCGAAAUGUCAAGACCAUUUCGUGCAAAACAACACGAUUCGGCUGCUGGUUCGACAUCUAGCUUUCGAGACGAUUCAAGAGCAUAGUAAGUACGCGAUUCCUAGUAAACAAGCCAUGUCGAUCCACACUGUCGUGAUGGCCAAUUCGAACAGUACCAAUAGUGGUAGCGGGAAUAAGCACGAAGACGAUGAGAAUAAGCAUUUCGGUAGCCAAAUUUCGCGACCGUUGAGUAACGAGACCGCUACUGGUCAUGCACAAAUGCACAACGUGGUUGCUAACUCGUUGGCCCUUAGAACACAGUCGAAUCAAAACCAUGCGAAAAAUAACCACCACCAGCAGCACCACCAACAUGUUACGUUGGCCGGGGGUAGCAUAAAGGGAAGGGAAAUGGAAAAUCCGGAGACGAAGGCCCAAAUGAAGGCAAUGGCAGCCAGAGCCCUUUGGCACCUUUGUUCCGGGAAUGUUUCAAUAUGCAAAAACAUCACGGAAUCGCGAGCGCUUUUGUGCUUUGCGGUUUUGUUAGAAAAGGGUGCUGAAGAGGUUCAGUUCAAUUCUGCCAUGGCAUUGGUGGAAAUCGCGGCUGUAGCUGAGGAAAACGCGGAGUUGAGGAGAUCGGCUUUCAAGCCCAAUUCGCCCGCUUGCAGAGCUGUGGUGGACCAGUUGCUUAGAACCAUUGAGAAAGGAGAUUCAGAGCUGCUUAUCCCUUGUGUUAGAGCUAUUGGGCAUUUGGCUAGGACUUUUCGGGCUACAGAGACAAGAAUGAUACCACCUUUGGUUAAACUGCUUGAUGAAAAUGAAAGAGAGGCCGAGGUCAUAACCGAGGCAGUGAUUGCACUGACCAAAUUUGCAGAAACUGAGAACUAUCUUCAUAUUAAUCACAGCAAGGCAAUCAUAGAUGAUGGGGGUGCUAAGCAUUUGAUACAACAAGUGUAUUUUGGUGAACAAAUGGUUCAGCCACUGGCAUUGAUUCUCUUGUGCUACAUGGCACUACAUGUACCAGAUAAUGAGGCUCUAGCCCAAGCAGAAGUGCUUGUAGUGAUCGAAUGGGCAUCGAAGCAGGGGCAUUUGACGCAAGAUCCUUUAAUCGAUUCGCUGUUGACCGAUGCCAAACAAAAACUGGAACUCUACCAAUCAAGAGGGUCAAGGGGAUUCCAUUAGUUCAAUAAAUUUGUACAUUAUUUGCUCUGAUGGAAACUUCGAAUAACAUUUUGGUUUCCUUUUUCAUCUUAUCAUGGAGAUGGGAGUGUAUAUACUUUUAGAUCUGUUGUAACCUUUCGAUCUUUAAAUCUUGCUGUAAUUGUUGAGAAUA